AUCGCGUUACCCCGAGCCGACUGAGCGACGCGUCAAUUAACUCUUCACCCACUACUAACUACCACUACUACAUGAUGAACCCACCCAGCUUCCAACACUCCUUCUUCGCCACCCCGAUCAAGCCGCACACGUCCGCCGCCCCGCAAAAACCCGCUCUCCGGCGCCUCUCCGCCAGUUCCUCCUCAUCCGACGGCCUCGCACCGCCCUCCUCUCCACCGACACAUGCGCCCUCCUCCCCGCCACUCCACGCGCCCUCCUCCCCACCCGACCGCUUUUCCACAGCAGAUGCAGGCUCCCCUCCCCACGCGGCCGACGCUAAACCCAGCCGGCCGUCCCACCCCGUGAUUGCAGUACCCUACAGCAACCUGCGCAAGCAGCACCUGGCAGUGCUAACAACGAUCCUAUACCGCAGCCUCCUCGGGCAGCGCUGGCCGCGCGCGGAGCGUGCCUUCGCCUGCCUCAUCCGCGGGAAGGACGUCGAUGUGCGAAGACUCUGGGGGGUGGGGCUGCAGUUGCUGCUACGGCGGGAGGGGGAAGGGCAGGGGCAGGGGGAGUGGGAGGGGGAGGGGAAGCGGGAGGGGAAGGCGGAGGCCCACAGAGUCGCGGUAGAGUACAUGGAGCGCCUCGUCCUGUUUUAUCCCUACAGGCCGAGGCUGCAUAGUCACCACCCUGCGGUGGUGGCGCGCGGGGAGCAGACGGGCGCUGCUGCUGAGGAGCGGGAGGUUGGUGGGAAGGGGAAGGGAAGGGGAAGGGGGAAGCUGCCGCCGAAGAAGGCGCGAGCGGAGGCGAAAGCGGCGACGUCCGUCGAGUCCCGCCUCCCGCCGUACCCGAGCGCGGUAGAGUUCAAUCCUGCGCUUUUCGCGCUGUUGAUUGAGGGCAGCCGCUUCCGCUCUGUCGAGGGUCCCGACGAAGCGGAGGCGGAGGCGGAGGCGGAGGUCUCGCGUCCUGAGAAGAUUAAGGAGCGCUUGGAAGAAUUGAUGCUUACACCGCCGUGGAGCGAUAUGGUCGGGCUCCUGUGUUUACGCGGAAUGGUUUGCUUGUGGAUUGCGGAUAUUGAGGAGGACGGAGGCGUGAGGGAGAGGGCGAGGGAGCUGAGACGUGAGGCUAGGGGACAUUUUGGUGCGGUUUUGGAGAAGGGCGGGACGCUGCCCGAGGGGAUUACGGGAUUUUUGGAGGAGGAUGAGGAGGAUGAGGAGAUGGUGGAUGUGUAGUGGUACUAAACGCUAGAAGUCGGCGCGGGAAAUGGGGUCAGAAUAUUGUACAUAGCCUCCAGGUGGAAGACAAU